UGAAUUCCCGCAUGCGCAUUGCCGUCUGGCUUCUCGGUGUCUAGGAGAUUGGGAGAAGAUGAUGCGGCUGAGCUGCCGGCGCGGUCUGAAUGCAUAAUUGGCCUAUCUUAGUCAUAGAUUUUCACUUGCCUUGUCCAGUUUCUUGCCAAAUUGUUGCUGUUUAAUGUCGAAGUGUUGAGCAGAUGAGCAGCGACGGCAGGGGGAGAACAGUGAAGCAGUAACUGAGAGGGGAGUUGGGCAUCAAAUUGCACCGGAUGUCAUUACACGCUCUUAAAUAUCGAGGACUAUAAUCAAGACCAAAGGCAGAGCCAUGGAGGCUGUAACACAUUUUGUAAAUGACACUGUAGAAUUUUACAAAUGGGGCCUUACUAUAGCAGACAAGAGGGUGGAGAACUGGCCAAUGAUGUCAUCUCCCCUCCCCACUCUGGCCAUCAGCUGCCUGUACCUGCUCUUCCUGUGGGCGGGGCCUAGAUACAUGCAGGACCGCCAGCCCUUUACGCUCAGGAAGACCCUCAUAGUCUACAACUUCAGCAUGGUGGUCCUCAAUUUCUACAUCGCCAAAGAGCUCCUACUAGGCUCUAGAGCAGCCGGGUACAGCUACCUCUGUCAGCCUGUCAACUACUCCAAUGAUGUCAAUGAAGUCAGGAUAGCAUCUGCUCUCUGGUGGUACUACAUCUCCAAAGGAGUGGAGUUCUUGGACACAGUCUUUUUCAUCAUGAGGAAGAAGUUCAACCAGGUCAGCUUCCUCCAUGUCUAUCACCACUGCACCAUGUUCAUCCUCUGGUGGAUUGGCAUCAAAUGGGUCCCCGGUGGACAAUCAUUUUUUGGUGCAACCAUCAACUCUUCAAUCCACGUCCUCAUGUAUGGUUACUAUGGCCUGGCAGCUUUGGGACCUCAGAUGCAGAAGUACCUCUGGUGGAAGAAAUACCUCACCAUUAUUCAGAUGAUCCAGUUCCACGUGACAAUCGGCCACGCCGGUCACUCCCUCUAUACAGGCUGCCCAUUCCCCGCCUGGAUGCAGUGGGCUCUUAUUGGCUACGCUGUCACCUUCAUUGUCCUCUUCGCCAACUUCUACUACCACGCUUACCGACGCAAACCUUUCUCGGCGCAGAAGGGAGGCAAGCCCGUCGUGAACGGCACUUCUAACGGUCAUAGCAAAGUGGAGGAAGUGGAGGAUAACGGGAAGAAGCAAAAGAAAGGAAGAGCGAAAAGGGAGUAAACGAGGAAGAGGGGCUAGUUUGGCGAUUAACAGAAAGAGGACCAGGCCAGAGAAGGAGGGGAGGGGAGGAAAGUGAUAAACCAGUUCAAACCAGACCGGCUUCAUCAUUCCUGCAAAUAAUGUAGAAGGAUGCGAUUUGUGACCAACUUGGACAGGUGAAAGAGUAGCAAUGUGUGUUUGUGGAUGUGUCUGUAAGGGUUUCUGAAUUUGAGAGGGGUGUUGGUUGUCUUCCAUAACAUUUUUUUUUUUUUUUUUAACCAAGAAAAGCAAAAUGCUGAUCAUGUAGGCUCUGCACUCUUCUGUCCAACUAUGUUUUGGACCGUAAAAGGACCAAAAUAUUAAAAGGACCUACGAACCGCUCAGCAUCCAUUAACUUAUCAACCAAAAUUCACCUCCAACUUUUGUACUCUGGAUUCCAGUAUUGUUUUGAAAGCUUAAGUAGUCUUUAAUAUGCUAAUUUAUUUUAUAGUGCUCUGAAAGAGUUUUAAUGAAUUUAACUAUUACCAACAUGCAGAAGUUUAUACCAAAGGUUUUUUUUCUUGGUUCAGGGGGGGUUGUUUACAAUUACUUAGAGUUGUGGAAGGAAAGUUAGCAGACAAAAAAAAAUCACAGUAUGACGUUCUUGCGACUGCCAUUUACUGUAUUUAACUACUUUUCAUUCAUCUACACCAUCUACCAAUACAACAUGUCAUGAACUUUACAUUUCUCUACUGUCUCAAACUGACAUAACUGUACAGAAGGGUAUUUUCUUUGUGUUCUUUGUGAAUUAAAAACCUGGUUUAAAACACGUUUCUUUUAGUAUGAACAUUUGUGGGUAUCUUUGUUAUAAUAUUUUUAUGUGGGUCCUCAUGAUUUAUUUCUUUUUGCUGUGCGAUGUAGCUGAGGUGCAAGAAUAAGAGAUUGAAGUUGAGCUCAAUAUAUUCUCACUGCCACGUAGGACUGAAGGGAAACUCAUCCUGAAAAGAGCUUCUUCUUUUUUUUUUUUUUAAAGAAAACAAAUGGUUAUUUCAUUGUCUUAUUAAAAAUGAAAGUGACAAGGCAGACUGGCUGCACAUAUAACUGAAAUAAAGACAAUGUCAGCACCCCAUA